CACAGCUUUAGGAAGCUAGGGGAGGCAAAUGUCUUAGUAUUUUUCGCAAAGCUUGGGUGAGUAGUCUACGAAAAGGUCGAUGACGAUGUCGCCGGCCGAGGUUUCGAGGAGGACACUCAUGAUUGCUGAAGAGCAGCCCGUAGAUCUGAGAUCACAUCAAUAUUUUGAACGUGCUCUGGCACGCUGAUGUAGGCAGAGGAGCAACUUAGAGUCGUUGGUUGUUAAAUUUGGAAUGGGGCUCGGAAGAUCGCCGAACUUUUCUUACAGUAAUAUGCAAAAACUCCCUGUUUCCGAGAAUUUUAGCCGCAUCAUGCAAUUUUGGUAUGCACCCCACCAAAAAUUAAUGAUAAUUGACAAAACUCACCCAAUAAUCGCACCACCACCUCCAGUACCAUCCCAAUUAGGCAAUUUCGACUUUAUUCGCAAGUUCCCACCAUGGCACGUUCAAAGAGCAAAAAAAUCGAGAAACCACCGCCUUCAGUAGGCAAAAAACGACAGAGAAAACCUACGGCUAAGGCCUCCUCCGCUCUAGUGGCUCCCAAACAGCCUAAAAUCAAGCUUACGAGUGCUAGCAGGCCUCCAAAAGAGCCUUCUCCUGAUACUGGUGCUAGUGGAGCUAAUCCCCAAAGGGAGCCUACUGUCGAAAUAUCGUCGUCAUCGUCCAACGAAUCUCUAGAGCCCGAACCAAAGACCUAUGUGGUUACCAUGAACUGGCAGGUUUACUUGAACCAUAAGCUAGUUCAUACAGAGUCUUUUCAGGAGGAUUUUUUAUCGAUUCUAUAUUACGGAUACCGAUUUUGGAAGGGCUGGGUUCAGAUGAAGGCUGAGGAAGCGGCGAAGACGGAUAAGGAGGUCAAGCCUAGGAAGAAAUGGAAGGUAUUAUAUAGAGCUUUAAGCCAUUGACAGAUCUUCUAUAUCGAAGAUAGGAAUAGCUUUGAGAGAUUCGAAUUUAUAAUGGUUUCUAGGGGCUCCAAAGGCGUUGAUUGCGCUAUUAAAGCCCGAUUCGUUACUAAAGGAGAUCCCGAAUCGUUACCGGAACCGGAGAGAGCGUCAGGAAAGAGAAGAAAAACACCAGAUUCUCCCAAGCUAGUCUAUUCAAAUAACGACAGUAAUACUAAAAAGAGCAUCCCCUCUAUUAAGAAGGCUAGGAAAACAGCUACUACUAUUGCUAUUGAGUCUUUAGUCGAAGAUAGGAAGAUACAAUCGAGAUUUCAGGAGAGAUUGAGC